AAUUAAAACUCAGCCACACAGCUGCCACUUCCUUUCAGAUACAGAGGGCUAUCCCCGACCUCAGCUGCAAACACAAAGCUGGGAAUAAUAGCAUUGUAAAGAAUAGCCAUACAGAGGUAUUGAUGUAGCAAGUUGCAAGAACUCCCUUUACUAAGCCGCAUUCUUAAGACAAUGCAGAGUUCUCUAUCAGCAUAGUAUUUGCAACACCAAACAGCUUCAGCUUCAAUGUAGUUCGUUUUAAAAAAUAAAUAAAUAAAUAAAUAAAUAAAUAAAAAGCAUACUGGUCUGGACCAGUUUUCCGUGCAUACCGCUACAGGAUACCACUGCCGCUGCAAGUUACACGUUGGUAUCACAGUUGCCAUAAGUCUACUGGAAAAUGUACUGAACAGACAACCACUGCAGUGGUCGGAGUCCACACUGUAUCACCGAUUUCUUCUGAGAUUGUAACCGUUAUCCCGAUAUUUGACGUUUGAACUCCCGGGGACACAAGGGACCUCACCAGAUUCAGGACCAUGGACAGCACUCUCGUAUUGUUCUGUUUUUUCAACAUUUUACCUCGCAUUUUGGCAGAGCAAGAAGUGGAGAAUCUGUCAGGUUUAUCAACCAGCCCCGACAAAGAUAUAUUUGUGGUUCGAGAGAAUGGGACAACGUGUCUAAUGGCAGAGUUUGCGGUCAGAAUAGUUGUACCUUUUGAUGUCUUAGCCAUGAAUGGAAUAGAUCUCAUCACAGAACAAGCCCUAAUGACACUUCCGCGCGGGGCUGAAGUACAAGGUAAAUGUGGUUCUACAGAAGCAGAGCUACAAAUGUCCUGGAAUAAAGACGCUUAUACAUUUAGUCUCUUCUUUAUCAAGGAGGCCCAUAACUUAUCUAAGGGUCAAGAUGUUGUCUGGAAGAUCAAUAAAAUCCAAUUCGCUUAUGACACUAACGAACCUUCACAUUUCGGUAACGCCUUUAAUCCUGAAAAACACACUGCCAGUUCACACCGUCUGUCGGCCUUUGUGACCCCGGCUGGCAGGUCCUAUGAGUGCCAGGCUCAGCAGACAAUAUCCUUGAUUUCCAGUGACCACCAGAAAGGUGUGACAAUCUCAAUGUCUGAGGUGAGGAUCCAGCCCUUUGACAUCAAGAAUGACUUUAUGUUCAGUGAAGCCUAUAAAUGUAUAACGGACCAGAGGGAACAGCUAGAAGAAAUGUUGCCAUUAAUUUUGGGCAUCAUCCUGGCACUCAUCAUUGUAAUUACUCUUGGUGUGUAUCACAUCCAUCAGAAGAUGACUGCAAACCAAGUACAGCUUCCUACAGACAGAAGUCAGUAUAAGAACAUGUGAUGACUUUUCCCACUGCUCAUCUGUUACAGUUGCUGAAAGAUGAGUUUUAUCUUCAUAAAUACAUUCUAUUUAUUAAAGUAGUUAUAUUUACAGGUCUGCCAUGAGGAUGUUGCUGUUAGUUUUUUUUUCAUAUUUUUGAAAACCAUAAGUAAUUAUUAAUAGGAGAUGCUGGCUAGCUAUUAUUUAAUGCAUAUUCUAUUAAUAGGUAGUAACAGACUGUAAAAUAAGCCAUUAUAAAUGCACAAAGCACAUUUUUAAUGCUGUGUUUUAAAAGGGAGGCACAGAAAGUAUAGUACAGUGUUACUGUAUGAUUUUGUCCUUUCGUGAUUGUAUAUCUUUCCUAUGACUUACUGUACAUCACCAAUCGAUACAUUUGAAUGUAUAAAAUGUAAGAUGUGUAAAUAAGACUAUCAAAACUAUCAAACUGUAACAGAAAUAACUGAUUUACAGUACACUGUAUACUUAUGGUUGGGGUAGUGCAAAAUGUGUAUUCAUAGCAGCACAUGUUUGAUCAUUUAUUGCAUUACAAAAUACAGUAUUCAUAUCAGGAUUUGCAUAUUUUGCAACAUAAAAGUUAAUCAGAUAGCAUUGAAAUGAAAUGUGUUAAGUUAUAUUUAAAGAAAUAAAUUAUGUAACCAUAAUAUGAUGUGUACCGUAUAUGUUAUGCUAAUUAAAAACUUGUUCUUGUCUUUUCUGUGAAAUGGUUUAGUACGAGUGACCGUUUAUUAAUAUCAAAUCUGAUGAAUACAGCAAUUUGCUUAAAGGUUCCCUUAUAUUUUGUGUGGAAUCUAUUUCCAUUUUAUGUACGUUUUUAACUUUAGUUCCAGAGCAAGGACUUCCCCCCCCCCCGCCACUCCCAUUACAUCACCUUUCAGUAAAUCGUAAAAAAAAUAUAAAUUUACCCCUUUCAUUCGAUUCAUAUUCCCCUCACUUGCCUCCACCUCCCAUAAUCACCAUCUUUUUUCAAUUACCGUGAUCUGCCUCCAAGGUUCUAUUGCCUUGUUGAAAUGGCCAGGCGACGGACCCUCAAGCCAAGUGGGUUUGAGGUCAAAUGUUUAAUCUUGCACAAUACUCCAUAAUCAUCAAAUAAAUACAAUUCAUUACUAA